UGUUUUUCGCUAGCCCUAUGUGGGCUGAGCUUAACUGAGCUUAACGAUGUCAGAGCUCCCUCCCUACGCUGCUUAGCAAAAAAGCUACCGGAGAUAGUCCUUGGUUCUAGGGCAGAUUCGACUACUCUCACCUACCUCAACAGUUUUAAGCGAUGGCGUGCUUGGGCCAACAGAUUUCCUGAGGUCGCAGUGCUGCUCCGGCUUACGUUUCUUCAUACCUGCUCAGUGUUCUCCAGGCUUCUAGUUCUCCUGUGCCGGUCCAGAACGCCUUCUAUAGCAUCCGCUGGGCUCAUGAUUUUGCUGGUUUCGACUCUCCUACCAACCAUACACUUCCCCAGAAGGUCGUGGAGUCCGCUAAGAGAAGGCUAUCACACCUUACUUCCAAAAAGCUCCCCAUCACACCCGAAAUUUUACAAAUGUUUUUUCAGAGUCUCGAUGGAUCUUUGGUGGACACGAGAUUCAUCUCCAUGGCGUUACUAG